ACCCAUCAUCUAAAAUCAUGGGCUGGUUAACUGAUUUCGUUGGAUACUCGUCAAUUCUGACCUCUAUCCUGGUUAUUACCUGCACGAUGGCUUACAUUCCUUAUAUGCUUCAUAGAAUGGAAGCUAUUACUAUAUCCUUGAAAGUACAUAAUGAUGAGUUUUUGGUGUUGGAGACAGAGGCUAGAAGUCAACUUGGAGAGCUUAGAAGCGAUUAUCCAAGAGUCAGAAGAGCUACGAACCGGAAGAGACAAGCUGGCGAAUGUCAAUGUGGCGGACAAAAUGUAUGCCCCGGCGGAACAAAGGGUCAACCAGGCCGAAACGGAGAAGACGGAACCCCUGGUCAACCUGGACAACCUGGAGAGCCCGGAAUCACUGGAAUGACCCCACCAACCGAUUAUCAAAACGAGAAAUCUUGCCGCCAGUGCCCACCAGGGCCACGUGGACAGCCAGGAUACGGAGGACCACCAGGGCCCCCAGGGCUUCCAGGCCAACCAGGCCAAAAUGGAAAUGGAGGCCGACCAGGAAACAAUGGGCCAAUGGGACAGCCCGGAGAGCCUGGAAGAGAAGGACAGCCGGGUAAAGCCGGUGGACCAGGAAGCCCUGGAAGAGACGGAAUCCGCGGAUCGAAGGGAUCCACUGGAGAUAAGGGGCCAAAUGGACCACCCGGACAGAAUGGGCCACCUGGAUGGGCUGGACGUGAUGGAAACAUCGGACCACAAGGAACACCUGGAGGACGUGGAGAACCAGGAGGCCCAGGAACUGAUGGAUUCCCUGGAUUCGCUGGAAAUCCUGGACCAGAUGGAGCUCCUGGAGUUGACUCUGGCUACUGCAAGUGCCCAUCACGUGGAGCUUAUGCAAGGACUGCAUCUAGCAAGAGGUCUUGAACACUUUGAAGUGAAGAAUAAAUUUUUUCUUAACAUU